AUGUCGCGCGAGCACACUGCUAACAGUUUCGCGUCAUUCGGGUCGGACUUCGACCUUGAGCACGAGGCCUUCGCGUCCACCAAAGAAGUCGGCCACAGCCCUAAGCUUCCGGAUAUGAAGGAAAACUUUGGAAACUCUCUUCGUGAAUCUCAUCAUAAAGAAGAACCCGACUACGCUAUCAACUCCUCGAUGCUAGAGCGCUACUUCCCCGAAUUCUCGCAGGCUGGUUCUUCGGAGGAGGAUGAGAUCGCCGAGGACGAUGAAUUCUCUGUAGAAGUAGGAAGGGGAGCCUCAAAACCCGCGCGUCGGCUGGACGAUUCGCGAAAUUCAUAUAUGAGCAUUGAGAACAGUGUCCGGUCUUCGUCUCCCGCAGUGAGACUCGACUAUCCUACUUUUACGCCCCAAAAGCCGGCCAUGCGCAACACAUCACGAAGGGCAGUCAGCGAGAACCUUCGCAAGGAUGCUCAACUGAGGCAGGCUAGUCUCGCUCAGAAAGAAAAUGUGGACCCGCAGACCUCCAAAUCCAAGUCCAAUAGCCAACGACGGACGCUAUCCGACAUGCAUGCAAAGGUACGCGACUCAUACGAUGGCUCUUUUCUCGGCGAUGAGCGGCCACCGGCAGCCGCGAACAACGCGCGUGCGACGCGCUUUGGAAGUCAUCAGAUCGCCGAUGCCGUGGAACGAGCGUCACAGGAGGCAUAUGCUCGAGAGAUUAGAAGAGGGAAGCAACCCUCCAAUUCGCGGCUGGCAUAUAUGAAUACGGCUGGCGAUACUGCUACUCUGCAGUCGUUCCUUCUGCCCGAUCUUCCCAACCUUUCAGAAUUAGUUUCAGGCGUUUACGAAGACGGCACACCGGUUUUUACGCGUCAAAACCGGACACGCACAACACGUUUUGUUUCGCCUCAUGAUGCUACCGACGUGUCUUUGACGCGUGACCAUGUCCCCCUUGACGCUGUCCCAAUCCCGGAAGAUGAGAAGGCCCUGUUUGUAUCCCUGAGGCUCCUCCAGGAUAAGGUCUCGGAGCUUGAAAGAGCUAAGGCGGAAGCUGAAAGGAAGAUCGAAGAGGUUAAGAGCGAAAAUGCGUCUCUCAAAGCAGGCAAACCCCGCCCGAAGGAUAAACAUAGCCGGGCGAAAUACGACACCGACGACGAUGACCACCGGAAGGAUCGCUUGACUAAUGAGAAUCGAAAACUUGAGGCUACCAACUUGGCUCUGCAGAACAAACUGGACGUUGUAGAACGCAAGGUAGAAAUUCAGGAGGCGGCGUUGAAGAGACUAAACCGGGAACGAGAUAUGGCGGUCUCUCAACUAGGGGUAGCUUACCUUGAGUCUCAGGAUCUUAAGAAUGAGAUUGAGGAACUUCGGCAUGAGAAUGCGGAGCUGAAGUCCCAGCUGGCGAAACUUGCCCCGUUCGCAAGGAAGCGUGAAGAGGCUUUACAAUCAGAACAGACAUCCGCAUCCGAAGCAAGCACGGAGUCCAGCCAAGAAAAUACUCAGCAUAGUAAGAAUGUGAGUCGGGGAACCAAGGAAUUCACCAGCAAGAGUACACGAUCGAAGGUUGGACGCCGGGAAGAUUCCAAGGCGAGAAUUUCCUCUCAGGUUGACAAGGAGGUUUCACGACUUGAGAAGGAGCGGGCGGAUGAGGCCUUGUUCUCUAUUGACGUAUCGCGAUCGAGGGAACCAUCUUCAUCCAGUGCCAGCAGAUCAGGACAGCGCAUCCAAGCCAAGAAACCGAACACGGGCAAGCAACGUGUUAAGCGAGUGGUCGUGGAAGAAGUAGACGUCACAGAGCCUGUCGAAUCGACCGUUGAUGCAACCGGGAACAGCAAAAAGCCCUCUGGUGCGGAGCAAGACGUGACAUUGCUGAGCUUUAUCGAUGAACGUGAAAUUGCCCAGCUGCGAAAGACACUGGAAGAAGAGAGACUGGCGCGCAAACGAAGACAACCAAAUACGUCAAAGGAUCACACCUCAAAUGAAACCGAGAAUACAACUCGCCGAAGCGCGUCAAAGUCGACAGCGCCUCGGAAAUCGUCAUUGAAAGAACCCAAGGAAAUCCCUACUAGGCCGGCCUCGGCUAUGGGCGACGUGACAGCAACCUCUAAAGCUAGUGUGGGUGAAGGGGAUAGUAACCUGUCAGGGCCUAUCGAACGUCCUAGGCGACACUCGGACCAUUCCGUCACCCCUCGCCGGAGGCGCCAGAUUUCCGAAGAUAUGACGUCGGCAUUUAUCCUGCCCGACAUCACGCUCUAUCGUGCUGAUUUGGUAGCUGAAAAUCCGGCACGAUUGCCCGAGUCCGCGCAGCGAGCACUGGAUAGCGCUACCCAACAUAAUGGAAAGAACUGCACUGUGUGCAAGCGCUCCAUUCCCGGCAACUCUUGUGUCCAUACUCGAGAGGCAGUCAAGGUUCCUAAACCUAUUCCAGUGUCAGAGCGUAUGCCAGAACCUUCAAUCUACAAUGAAGAACCUACCAUGCGACCUGCACAACCGCCAGCGGUUGCCCUUGCUACGGUACUCAAGGCUUUGGAGGACGAGCUUUCACAUCUAAAGAUGCAACUCGUGACGUACCAGGGGGCGUACAACAAACUGGACGCGUCAUUGAGUAAGCGCCAGAGGAAAUCGCUUUCUGCAAAGAUCGAGAAGCUGUUGAAAGAUGUCGACAUGAAGGCCGACCAGAUCUAUGCACUAUACGAUGUUCUCGAGGGACAGAAGUCUAGGGGACAGGAGAUGACCGAGCAAGAAAUGGAGGUGACUCUCCAAUCAAUAGGAAUUGAUGUGGAAACGGCAAGAGCCGCUGAUGUGACUGGUACGACUGAUAAAUCGGCACACAAAAAUGCUGAAACAGACUACGAUAUUGACGAUGAUGAGGAUCUUCCAUGGGAAGGAAUUGAGACUCGAUUGCGUGAAAUUCAACCUCGCCCUAUCGACGAUGUAGAUACCAUUAUUACGAGCGAGAAUAACGACUCUCAACUCCAGUCACCGCUAGAAGGCAAUAAUAGUUUGGCUUCCACACCUCGCAACUACGAUGCCCUCGAUGAGCAUCAUGAUGAUAGCGAGAGCGUAGAUACUGUUAUCUACGAUGGUAAUUCUACUCAGGACCGUUCGCUGACCGGCGCGUCCAUAAGUCGCCGGCGUUCAUAUCCUCGGGGUAUUUCCGAUGAUAGCGAAGACGACGACGACACUGACAAUGAUGCGGCUGAAUCAUCCAGCGAGAAACCAGUCACAUGGAGCUCAUUGCCUAAAAGGGGUCAACUUGCCAUCCUGACUUUUGCUCGUUUGUCAGAGCCGCUGGCUCAGACGUCUUUGCAAGCAUAUAUGUUCUACCAGCUUCGGUCUUUUGAUCCCUCCCUUCCUGACUCGACUAUCUCUGCACAAGCAGGCAUAUUACAGGGUAGUUUCACUGCUGCACAAUUUGUGACGGCUAUUUGGUGGGGCCGAUUGGCCGAUACUGAAUGGAUGGGCAGGAAAAGGGUUCUUAUGAUCGGCCUACUGGGGACAUGUAUUUCCUCCCUCGGAUUCGGAUUUUCAAGAUCAUUUGCGGUUGCGGUGGUGUUCCGAAUCAUAGGCGGUGUUCUGAAUAGUAAUGUUGGGGUAAUGAGAACGAUGAUUGCUGAAAUUAUCCAAGAGAAAAAAUACCAGUCUCGGGCAUUUCUGCUAUUGCCGAUGUGUUUCAAUAUCGGUGUCAUUAUUGGUCCUGUGUUAGGAGGCAUGCUGGCCGACCCCGUGAAGAACUACCCGCAUCUGUUCGGACCUGGGUCGUUGCUAGGAGGAAAGGACGGUGUGGGGUGGAUGCUACAUUGGCCAUUCGCCCUUCCCAAUCUUCUCAGUGCCAUCUUUAUCUUCGCUUCGUUAGCGGCCGUGUUUCUCGGACUUGAUGAGACGCAUGAAGUUACGCGACACAGAAGCGACUGGGGCCGCAAGUUGGGGAAAAGGCUUUCCAAAACCCUUUCCCGACGCCGUGUCCCUCAGUAUUACCGUCCCCUUAUCAACCAUGAAGACGACGAAUCUCUAUACAUCGAUGGAAGCGUAGCUAGCAGAUCAGUACGCUCUAGCCCAGUGCGCUCACGUAUUCGACCUCAUGGGGAACGUCCAGGCUUCCGUCAAAUUUGGACGUCUAAUGUUCUGCUCACCUUACUGGUACACUUCUUACUAGCAUUCCAUACUAGCGCCUUUAACGCUAUGACAUUUGUAUUCUUGCCAGCCCCGAGAGCCUCAGAGGGUAGCCGAAAUGGCUUCUUCCACUUUGGCGGUGGCCUCGGUUUGCCCUCCUCUCGAGUCGGUCUUGCUACUGCUAUUAUUGGGAUCAUUGGCCUUCCCCUGCAGAUCCUCGUCUAUCCUCGAGUUCAGUCCCGUUUGGGGACCUUAACUUGCUUCCGCGCUUUUCUGCCAUUUUCGCCUCUAUCCUACGCACUCAUGCCGUUUAUCGUACUAAUACCAAGAUUCCCGUGGCUGGUGUGGCCCGUAUUUACUAUUGUUGUGGGGCUUCAGGUUGUUUCUCGAACAUUUUCCCUCCCUGCCGCGAUCAUCCUUGUAAAUAACAGCGUUACGGACCCUCGUGUUUUAGGGACCGUUCAUGGCGUGGCUCAAAGCAUCGCUAGCGGCGCACGCACCCUCGGGCCUCUUAUCGGGGGAUGGGGCUUGGGGUUAGGAUUCAAGAAUAACAUGGUGGGUGGCAUCUGGUGGGCCCUGGCAAUGGAGUCACUGAUAGGUUGGCUCUUGCUGUGGUCGAUUUACGAGGACAAGGGAAUUGAGAAGAAGGAUCAACCAGAAGAGGAGGAUCCGCGAUGA